AAAGGCAAUGAUUUAGGAAGUAAGGAUGAGAUUUGAGAAGGAGAGAGGAAAAAGAGGAGGCGAAUGCCAACUGUGAAAUCAAAAGCAGUGUACAGGAACGCGAAGAAGAAACAAAGAAAGAUCGAUCAAGUGAGAAUCCAAGAUUCAAUUUUGAUUGAUUGAGCUGCCGCAACACUCGCAUUCGGGAAACCACACAUACCAACCAUAUUCUUCUCUCUCCUCUUCCUCCAUUCUCUCUUCUCCAUUUUCUCUACUUUCUUUCUGUCUUUCUUUCUUUCUUUCUUUUUCCAUUCGAAUUCAGCAAUGAGCAGCUCUCACGAUCAACGGUCAAGAUCUUCCAAGCCUCCCACCAUCCACGGCUGUGCUCAGUCCGGUGACCUUGUUGGACUCCAGAGGCUACUUCGUCAAAACCCUUCUCUUCUCAAUGAGAGAAACCCUGUUAUGGCUCAGACACCACUUCAUGUUGCUGCCGGUCAAAAUAGGGCUGACAUAGUUAAAUUUCUGCUCGAGUGGCAAGGACCAGAUAAAGUUGAGUUGGAGGCGAAGAACAUGUAUGGAGAAACUCCAUUGCACAUGGCAGCAAAAAAUGGAUGCAGCGAAGCCGCAAAGUUGCUUCUGGCCCACGGGGCUGUUGUUGAAGCCCAAGCAAAUAAUGGUAUGACUCCUCUACACCUUGCUGUUUGGUACUCUCUACGAGCUGAAGAAUUAUUAACUGUGAAAACAUUGCUUGACUACAAUGCAGAUUGCAGCGCUAAGGACAAUGAGGGGAUGAAUCCUUUAAAUCAUCUUUCCCAAGGCCCUGGAAGUGAGAAACUUAGAGAACUACUAAAGCAUGCAGAGGAAGAGCAGAGGAAGAGACGAGCGAUUGAAGCAUGCAGCGAAACCAAAGCUAAAAUGGACGAGCUGGAAAAGGAAUUAGCAAAUAUUGUGGGUCUAAAUGACCUAAAAAUUCAACUACGUAAAUGGGCAAAGGGUAUGCUUUUGGAUGAGAGGCGUAGAGCUCUUGGUCUGCACGUUGGCACGCGAAGACCCCCACAUAUGGCCUUUCUUGGCAAUCCUGGAACAGGUAAAACUAUGGUAGCACGGGUCCUUGGAAGAUUACUCCAUAUGGUGGGAAUUCUACCUACCAAUAAAGUGACAGAAGUACAACGAACUGAUUUAGUUGGUGAAUUUGUCGGCCAUACUGGUCCAAAAACCAGGAGGAAGAUCCAAGAAGCGGAGGGGGGAAUUCUCUUUGUCGAUGAGGCAUAUAGACUAAUACCAAUGCAGAAGGCAGAUGAUAAGGACUAUGGUUUAGAAGCCUUAGAGGAGAUUAUGUCUGUCAUGGACAGUGGAAAAAUCGUAGUUAUAUUCGCAGGGUACAGCGAACCGAUGAAAAGAGUUAUAGCUUCAAAUGAAGGUUUUUGCAGACGGGUUACCAAGUUUUUCAAUUUUGUUGAUUUCAACUCAAAAGAACUAGCGCAAAUUCUUCACAUCAAGAUGCAUAACUUAGCCGAAGAUAGUUUACUAUACGGAUUCAAGUUGCAUCCUUCUUGCAGUAUACAAGCUAUAGCAGAAUUGAUCGAAAAGGUAACGACUGAAAAGCAGCGAAAAGAGACGAAUGGUGGUAUGGUAGACACCAUGUUGGUUAAUGCUAGAGAGAAUUUGGACUUGAGGCUUAGCUUCGAUUGUAUAGAUACAGAAGAACUUCUUACCAUCACAUUGGUAGAUUUAGAAGCAGGCCUUAGGCUAUUAUCAGUGUCUCAGUAAACCAUUCUUUUGGCAUUCCGAAUAGACAUUUAAAGUGAUCCUUUUCAGCUUGCCUCCAUGUUCAUUGUUGAGUACAUUGCAAGUUUGAAGCUGCAAAAUGAAGGAGGAGGCUGACAUGAUUUAAGUUUGCCACAAUAGGUGGAUCCCCAUUUUUUCCCCCCUGGAAAUUGUUUUGUCAUAUAUUUGUUAUUUUUUCUUAUUUGGUAAUGUUAUAAUAGGCUACAUUUAUGCAAUGCUAUUAUUUUUAGUUUUUUAUAGUUA